UCUAUAUAAAGUUGAAUUGGUGCCUCAAAUUUUUCAGUUUAAAGUGUUAAAAAUGAAAUUCGCAAUUUGCUUGAUUGUUUCAUGCCUGUAUGUUGGCUUAAUUAAUGCUGAAAAUAAGUGGAAAAUUAUUGAAACUGAGGCUCAUUUCGAUGAACAAGUGAAAAAUGCUGGAAAUGUUUUGAUUGUUGUGGAAUUUUUCGCCCAAUGGUGCGGACCAUGCAAAGUCAUCACACCAGCUUUAAACAAACUGGCUCAAAAAUAUGACAACGUUAUCAUGCUCAAAAUGAAUGUUGAUGAGAACAUAGAAUUGGCUGCAAGAUUCAAGGUUACUUCAAUGCCAACAUUUGUUUUCUUGAGAAAUAGUGAAACCCAAGAGUAUUUUGCUGGAGCCGACUUACGUCGCGUCGAAAAAACUAUCGUCAAAUUUAAUAACUAACAUUGUUUUGUGUAGCUAUGUUCUUGUACACUAAAUUUUCCAGUGAAAAUCAAUAAAAACAAAAAUAGUGAUGGAAAAAAUCAAAAUUUUA